GAAUCCAUAAAAGGUGGAUCGCCCAACUAAAAUUCUUCAAUUGGCGUACCUUUGAGUUGUAAAUUAAUUGAACAUAGGUGGCACAAAUGUUCUUAUAUAUGUGUGUGGGAUGGUAGCUAUGAUUUGUCAUCAAUUAAGACAUAUCUUGACACUUAAGCUGGUUCUUGCUGAGUAUUAUGAGGCUAAUUCUAGAUACACAUGCAUAUGCAUGGUUCACUAAUUACUGAAGAUGUUUUACUCAUAAAUGGUGCAGCAAAAGAUUGUGAUUGAGGUGCCACUUCACUGUGCCAAAUGCAGAAAGAAGAUCCUGGCCAUAUGCACAACAUCAGAUGGUGUUACAUCGGUUACUUUUCAAAGGGAGGGCAAGGAUCAAGUGAUGAUUAAAGGAGAAAAAGUGGAUUCAGCCAGGAUAACAGAAUGUUUAAGGCAGAAGGUGAAUAGGCAUGCUAAGCUACUUAGUGUGGCCAAGGAUGAAUAGAGUUGACUCCAUUACCAACCUUAGUUAGCUUGAACCCUGUUAUUAUUGGUUAUUGAGUAGUGAUAUAUACACACCUUAUUUAUACACUUCAUUUCCACCUAUUUUUAUUUCUAUCUCUCUCAUCUUAUCUAUCACAUCUUAUACUUUCUCUCUCUUACUUUUUUCUUUUCUACCUAUCUCUCUCCUCCUCCACCUCUUUCCACCUCAUUUAGAGGUGUGAACAAAUCAUUAUUGAUGUAUAUUUAGUUGUCAAAAUAAUUUGAUUAUGAACCUUGUAUAAUAGUACGUUCGAAUGUAUUUCUAAAA